CUGUUGAGCAUCUCGCAUAGUUCAGUAGUAAAUUUUUUUCACUGCGAUACUGUAUGAAAGUUUUCAGAUUCUGUUCAUGGUUCUAGCCCGAUUAGGGUUUAUGAAGCAUAUAAUGCACAGCAGUUUGCUCAAAUUCUGUCCCAGACACUGUAUAAGACCGAAUGAAGCAGCCUUUGAUAGUGUUGCGAUGUGAUACGAAUGAAUGUGUAUGAACGAAGAUUCUUAGGGGGUAUUGUCACAGAUGAACGAGUAUUGUUAUGAAUUUUGAGCAAGGAGAGAAGGAAAGUAUCUACAUGCACCACGAUUGGUGUGUGAAUGAACUUGAGAUGCGACAUUCCUCUCGCAAUAAAGUGGGCAUCAGGGUUUUUGUUGCACAGAUCCCUGCUGAGAGUUUCUACGUGGGUUUGGAUCCAAACUACAGGGUUUUCUAGGGGUGAUCUGUGGUGAGAGGUCGCCCAGUUUAGUAGAAGCUUAAUGGCGAGUGCCGAUUCCGGAAGGGGGUGAGCAGGUUAGGGUUGUCAAUUGUGUGAAACAUUCUACAAGACUCGAAGGAUUUCUUACCGUGGCAACGACAGCUAUGCAUUGGAGCUGGAUUUUAUUCCGUGUCGCAGCGAGGAGAGGAGCGGUUCUGUUUUGGGUUUGGCCGUGCACAAAUUGGUCUUAAGAAAUGAUGAAACUAAAAUGGGAUUUGGUGUGGUUCGAGCUCGUCAUCUGCAGUGAAGGUAGACCUGUGUGUGAUACCUCGUGCCCGAGACAUCAUAGGAAGGCCAGGUUCUGAUAUAGCGCGUAAGAGGCGGAAUACUGGUUCAAAUUUGAGUAGUGAGAGCGGUUUAGUGAAUUAUUGUGGGUAAUGGCGGUGGCCUGGGCCCUGACCUCCUGUCCGCAGCCAGGGUACUUCGGUUGUGGGCAUCAAUGCAACAAUUCCAAACCACCUACUUGGGGAACAAUGCAAGGAGUUCCUCUGCAGCAGUCGUUGUUCACAAGUAAGGGAGAAGCGAUUCUGGCAGGGGCUGCUGCCGCUUCUCAGCAAUCCAAUGCAAGAAUUGCGAAGAGCAAUCGACGCUCGCGGUUCGGUGAACCACUUCCUACUUUUGGUUUUGAAGAAGACGAAGUAGAAGAAAGCAACAAUCUCUUAAACCAGCUGCUUUCUGAUGAAUUGGAAAUAUUGGAACGAGAUAAAAGAGACACGGUAUCGACGACGAAGAAAGCUGAGCGGAAGCUCAAGAACCUGGGAAUCGAGUUCAAGAGAGCCGAGAAGAUUAUACCAUCAGUGCCUCGAAAAGUGAAACUGAUUUCUCCAGCUGUUCUUGAUGUUUUGACUUCCACUGACAUUGCCUCAACGUCCUCUACGCGUUCUUCAGUGGCAGGUACAAGCGGCAGGAAUGCACUCCACGAGCCACCGGUACUACCACGUUCAAAGUCGUUAAGUAGCAAGGAGUGGGAGGAGCAAGCAUACGAGAUCAUUCGGCGUCAAAAACUAAGAGAGUCUGCAGCACUGCGAGCACGUCGAAUGGAGAAAAAGUCCUCGCAGGUCUCCAGCAAGAAAUAUCUUGGACCAUCCCAUCCUGAAUAUAAGUUAUUGGAUUCGAACUGCGGUGUCACAAAAUCAGCGGAGAUUCUUGUGAAGGAGACGGCUGAUGAAAUGGAGGACAUGGCGUUAAUCAAAUUAUCUUGUGAUCUUAACCUGGAGCCCAAGUUUUUCCCCUUGCUUAGCUACCUCCACCAGCUCGGGCUCGGUGAAACCGACUUUCGAAAGAUUGCCGAGCGUCACAAGACGUGCUUGCACACAAACGCCGUCAUGGCAAAGGAAAGAGUGGAGUAUCUUCUUAAUGAGGGCGUAGAAAGCGAGAACCUGAGCAAGCUUAUCGUACGCCAUCCUCAGAUCUUAGAGUACACGAUAGAUCGGGGGAUGAAACCCCGCAUUCAGUACUUGAAACGGAUCGGAGUACCAGAGUCUAAGCUGGGCCGGGUUAUCACUGUGGCGCCUUCUUUGCUAGAAUGCAGCCUCCAGCGCUCCUUGAUACCUAGGGUGCAGUACCUCAAGGACGUGGUUGGGAUCAAGGACGCCGAUAUCGGACUUAUCGUCACACGUAGUCCACAGGUGCUCACACAAAGUAUUGAAGACUCUCUGGAGCCGCGAGUGGAGUUUUUUAUUGCCGAGAUAGGCGUCACAAAGGAGAAGCUUGCGAAGAUGGUAACUCGACAUCCCCAGCUCCUCCAUUAUAGCGUGGAGGAUGGCAUGAACCCCCGUGUGGAUUACCUCCGCAGCAUUGGACUGUCCAAAGAGGACAUCCUCAAAGUAUUUGCUCGUCUCACACAGAUUCUAUCACUGUCGAUCGAAAACUGUCUGAAGCCCAAGUAUGAGUACUUGGUGAAGGAGCUGCAGGGUGGCCCUCACACGGUGACGAGUUUCCCAGCGUACUUCAGCUUAUCUCUGGAGCAGCGGAUCAAGCCUCGGCACCGCUUCCUUGUUGCACUGAAGAGAUUACCCACUGGGCCAUUUCCCAUGAAAUCCUUAGCCGUCACCGACUCCUGUUUCUGCAAGCAGUGGGCUAAAACGUCUUUGGAGGAGUACCAAACCUUUCGCAAUGAGCUGCUGUUAGGUGACUUUGCUAAAAAAUUUGAGUGGAAAAACAAAGUCCACAUUUGACAGAAUAGUCUUGUCUUUGUUAUCUUGUCCAAUUCUUCUUGCUCAGGUGUAAAUGCAUUCUCUAGUGUACUUAUUGUCUGAUUUACUCAUGUCAAUAUGUAAAAAUAUAUGUUUUUAAAUUUAAAUAAUGCAAAAAACAUAUGGAUAUAUAUAUAUAUAUAUAUAUAUAUAUAUACACACUGCUAUUGGGCCCUUUA